UGUGAUGAAAGGAGGGAUGCAGAGCAGUGUGUAAAGAGAAAGCCAGCUGAAGUUCUCUAAUGCAUUAUGUCUCUCUCUCUGCUUCUGUUCUUCAUUCAGUUCUGGAGUCCGUCUCUCCAGCAGUUUCCUCGGCCGUGCACUACACCGGACGUCCUGCGGAGCAAGCGCUGCUGUCCGGUUUGGCCGGGCGAUGGUUCAGUGUGUGGAUCCCUGUCGGGUCGAGGCUUGUGCCAGGACGUCACGGUCUCCGAUCUUCCCAACGGGCCGCAGUACCCACAUUCAGGCCUGGACGACCGCGAGCGCUGGCCUCUGGUGUUUUACAACCAAACCUGCCAGUGUGCCGGAAACUACAUGGGCUUCGACUGCGGCGAGUGCAAGUUCGGUUACUUUGGUGCCAACUGCGGGGAACGACGGGAAUCUGUGCGUAGAAACAUCUUCCAAUUAUCCGUGUCUGAAAGGCAAAGGUUCAUCUCGUACCUCAAUCUGGCCAAAACCACCAUCAGCCCCGAUUAUGUGAUUGUGACGGGCACGUAUGCACAGAUGAACAACGGCUCGGUGCCCAUGUUCGCUGACAUCAGCGUGUACGAUCUGUUCGUCUGGAUGCACUAUUACGUGUCUCAUGACGCGCAGCUCGGGGGUCCCGGGAACGUGUGGGCCGACAUUGACUUUGCACACCAAUCGGCCGCGUUUUUGCCCUGGCAUCGCGUUUACCUGCUGUUCUGGGAGCACGAGAUCCGGAAGCUGACCGGUGACAUUGACUUCACCAUCCCGUACUGGGACUGGCGUGAUAUGCAGGACUGUCAGGUGUGUACGGAUGAGCUGAUGGGGGCACGCAGUCCUCUCAACCCCAACCUCAUCAGCCCGUCCUCGGUGUUCUCCUCCUGGAAGGUGAUCUGUUCUCAACCUGAAGACUACAACCAGCGUGAGGUUUUGUGUGACGGGUCUCCAGAGGGACCAUUACGGCGUAAUCCAGGGAACCAUGACCGAAAGCGUGUCCCGCGACUGCCCACCUCCGCAGACGUGGAGUCAGUGCUGAGCCUAACAGACUACGAGACGGACCUGAUGGACAGACGCGCCAACAUGAGCUUCAGGAACACUCUGGAAGGAUUUGCGAGUCCUGAGUCGGGGCUGGCUGUAACGGGUCAGAGCUUGAUGCACAACUCUAUACACGCCUACAUGAACGGAUCCAUGUCUUCGGUGCAGGGAUCCGCCAAUGACCCCAUCUUCCUUCUGCAUCAUGCCUUUGUCGACAGCAUCUUUGAGCAAUGGCUGAGGAGACACCAGCCCCCCCGCACACAAUACCCGACCACCAACGCCCCGAUCGGACACAACGACGGCUAUUACAUGGUCCCCUUCAUCCCUCUCUACAGAAACGGAGAUUAUUUCCUCUCCUCUAAAGCUCUUGGUUAUGAAUAUGCAUAUUUACAGGACCCAAGUCAGCGGUUUGUGCAGGAGUUUCUGACGCCGUAUCUAGAGCGAGCUCGGCAGAUCUGGCGCUGGCUGCUGGCCGCGGGGAUCCUCGGGGCGGCCAUGGUGGGUAUUAUUACAGCUAUAAUCGCUGUGAUGUGUCACAGACGGACGAAGAGGAGAAAGUCACAUGGGGAGAGACAGCCGCUUCUGAACAGCAGCGAAGAAGAGGGAUCGACUUCAUAUCAGACUACACUGUGCCCCUACAGACACACGUCAGUGAGGACAGAUACACAAUACCAUACAACAGCCAGUUAAACCAGGUCUUGUGACAAAUGAAACAAGGUCUCGCCUUUAAACCAGAGUCAUGCAACAAGGGCUGUGUUUAGAAUCAUGCUACUGUAUUCAUAAAAGCGUCUGCUAAAUGCAUACAUUUAAUAAUGUGCACUAUAUACACUACUGUUCAAAUGUUUUGAGUCAGUAAGAGUUUACUCAGCUAGGAAACAUUAAAUGUAUCAAAAGUAACAGUAAAGACUUUUGUAAUAUCUUUCUAUUUCAAAUAAAUGCUUCUCAUUUGAACCAUCCAUUCAUCAAAUAAUUUUGAAAAAAAUAUCACAAAAUAUUGGGCAGCAAAACUGUCAUCAGCAUUGAUAAUAAUCCGAAAUGUUUCUUGAGCAGCAAAUCAUCAUAUCAGAAUGAUUUCUGAAGAUCAUGUGACACUGAUUAGUGAUUAAACGAAAUCAUUA